AUGAAGCGGACCUGUUUGGAAAUGAUUGGUGAGGAAUGCACGGAGGGACAGACCAACCAGCGAACAGGGAAGGCGCCAAUCAGCGCGAGGAUUGAAAAGGGCCCCAGUCCGGUGGCACCCGCGGCUUUAAAAAGCCACCUGCAGCCGCGUACAGAGGCGUCGAAGCAGGCGCGGCUUAUGGAGGUGCUGAAGAAGGAGGUGAGGGCGCUGCUGAUAGCUGCCAAAGCGGGCUUGACGCCGGAGCAGCUGGAGGAGCAGUACAUGGCCAUGGUCUGCAAACCUCUCCCUCUGCGCGAGCUGGGCUUCCAGUCCACCUUGGAGCUGGUGACACAAAUGCCUGACGUUGUCCGAGUCUGUUCUUCUUCUAAGACUGGCACCGUAAUCCUCAAAGCCAUUGUCGAUGACUCCACCAGAGGGAUUGCCAAGCUGGUUGCCAGCCAGAAAGUAAACACACAUAGUAAGGCAUCAAAGAAAACUGUUACGAAGGCGAAUGCUACUUCUCCCACUAAGAAUUCCAAGAGUCCACAGGGUUUCCAAGCUCUGAGUGCCAGGACCCCUGUCCUGCCAGCAACGGUGAAGGCUGAGCUGCAGGACCUGCUGAGUUCCUCACCACUUCUGCUCAGGGAUUUCCACAGGGCCUUCCUCAGGCGCUUUGGCCGGGCGUUCCAGUACAGGCAGUACGGAUUUUCGUCCAUCUUUGAGGUCCUCAGAAGCGUGUCUGAUUCCAUUGCCAUUGAGCAGACAAAGGCGGGUUCCUUGCUACUCCUGAGGAAGUACUUGGCAAGCAACAUCGAACAGGAAGAGGUGCCUCAAGAUGAGGCUGAGGAAAAAGAGAUGCUGCAAGAUAAGGCACAGGAAGAAGAGAUGGUGCAAGGUGAGGCUGAGGAAGAAGAGAUGCCUCAAGAUAAAGCACAGGAAGAAGAGAUGCUGCAAGCAGCAUCUGCAGCUGAGAUGCCUCCUGUGGAACCCACCUGUGAGACGGAGAGCUCCUACCAGGCAGCACUUCCGAUGGAUUCGCAGCCAGUGCAAUCAAAAGCAGCCAUUUUGAGUGCUUACCUCAAAAAACUUCAACGUUUUAAGCAGUUACCACCAACUCCAGCAAUCCCUCCAGAUGCUGUUCAGGACAAAAGCCUUUGUGGUUUGCCACCUCUGAAGAGAAGGUCCUUGGUGGGAGUCGCUGUGGACUUUGUCGUCUCUCCUAGCCAGUUCUACAUCCACAUCUGCCGCGCAGAACCAUCCUAUGAACUGCAGGAUAUGAUGAUUGAGAUGAGACACGUUUACUCAUAUAAAGUUGCUUCUGAUAAAUACAUCAUGCCUGAGUCUGCAGUGCGGCCUGGGCAGCUCUGCUGCGUCAUGAUCUCCCAGUGGUGGUACCGUGUGGUCAUCCACCGUGUGAUCAAUGACCAGGAAGUAGAGGUGUUCUGCGCAGACUAUGGACAGCUCCAAAUUGUCCAGAAGUCUCAGCUGAGAUUCCUCAAGUGGUGCUACUCGAAGCUCCCUGCUCAGGCCAUCCCGUGUUCCUUGGCAUGGGUAAAACCCGUGGAGGGUACAUGGUCCAGUGCUGCAAUUCUCCUGUUCAAGGAUCUCUGUCGCUUCAAGGAACUUGUGGGCAUCGUGGAUGAAUAUGUGAAUGGUAUUCUGUACCUCUUCCUGUGUGACACAUCCACCAAGGACGAUGUCUACUUCCACUCCGUCUUGAGCGAUAUGGGAUAUGCUGAUGUCUGUGGAGAGAACAUUCCUUCCCAGGAAUUUGAGGAACUGAAUCCUUUAGCCUUGUAUAUUCAGCCCAGUGGAAAGCAGGGGAAUGCUGAAGUGGUGGAGCCAGACCUUCGCUUCCAGCAGGAAUCUCGAGAUGCAGACAGUGAAACAGCAACCUCGAAGCUGGAUGGGGCCAACCUGUGACCAGAUGAAGAAAAUACGAAGACCAAGACCUUCUUGGGAGUCUCAUGGUUGGCCUCUGUGGUGCUCUGGGCUGUGUGACCAAGGGCCACCUCAGGAGCCAUGUGUCCUCCUGCGCUGCUCUUUUGGCCACUUCCCAUGCCUACUUCCAGUGGCUCCGCAGCCUGAGAAGGAAGGUGGGAUAAGAGGGGAGAAGCUGGAGCUGCUGCCAAGGAAGGCUGUCUGGAGCAGCACAAACUCUGUUUGACCAUGCUGUUAGGGUUUUUUUUGUUCAGAAAUGUUUAAUCCCUUGAAAAAUCCUGGAGUGUGACGUCUCAGGUGUGCCCAGCAUGUGUGAUAAAUGUUAGUUUUCCUUUCAGGAAAAUAGUUCGGUUUUGUUGUACCAGUUGUGUUACUGAGUUACUUCUCUUCAAUAAAAUGGUUCAGGAGAACA